AUGGGAGAUAAUGAAGAACUUUUUAUCUCAAAAGUUUAUGCUGAUGUCAACACAUCAAAGCCACAAUCAUAUUGGGACUAUGAUAAUGUCAGCAUAGUUUGGAGAAGUCAGGAAAAAUACGAGAUCGUCAAGAAAGUUGGACGUGGUAAAUAUUCAGAAGUCUUCCAGGGAGUGGAGACGCCAUCUGGUAGAAGGGUGGUCAUCAAGGUUUUGAAACCAGUAAAGAGAAAGAAGAUCAAGCGUGAAAUCAAGAUCCUACAAAACUUGAUUAAUGGCCCAAAUAUCAUUGACCUAGUCGACGUGGUAAGAGACCCAAUAUCUAAAACACCAGCAUUGAUUUUUGAAGAAGUUAGAAACAUUGACUUCAGAACAUUAUAUCCAAAGUUCACUGAUUACGACAUAAGAUAUUAUAUGUAUGAAUUAUUGAAGGCCUUGGAUUACUCACAUUCCAUGGGUAUAAUGCACAGAGAUGUCAAACCACAUAACGUUAUGAUUGACCACGAGAAAAAGAGCUUAAGAUUGAUUGACUGGGGUUUAGCUGAAUUUUACCAUGCAGGUACAGAAUACAAUGUCCGAGUGGCUUCAAGAUACUUUAAAGGGCCAGAAUUGUUGGUGGAUUAUAGACACUAUGACUACUCACUUGACUUGUGGUCCUACGGUGCGAUGUUGGCAUCCAUGAUUUUCAAAAGAGAACCAUUUUUCCACGGUAAGUCCAACACUGAUCAAUUAGUUCAAAUUGCAAGAAUCUUAGGAACUGAUGAUUUAGAGAAAUAUCUCGAGAAAUAUUCCAUUGAAUUGGGAGCAGAAUAUGAAGACUUGGGGCAAUAUUCCAAAAGACCAUGGAGCAGAUUUGUAAACGCUAACAACAAGCAAUUUUUGUCACCAGAAGCUAUUGACUUUGUCGACCAUUUGUUACGUUAUGAUCAUCGUGAAAGAUUGACAGCCAAAGAAGCAAUGGCUCAUGAUUACUUCAAGCCUGUGCGUGAAGCUGAAUCCAAAAAUAAAAAAAAAUGA